CGGAGCGGGUUUACAGCAAGGCGGAAAGAGAAAUCGCAACAAGCGCGUCGCGUUCAGCUGCUGCUGUCAGGAAGAACCUCAAAUGGGAUCGGAAAUGUGUGCGCGAUGUGCGAAUGUACUACACGAGGCGGGUGAAAAGUUACGGAACUGCGACAACUGCUCGAGCUAUCUGCCGUCGUUGUCACGCGCAGGGCGCCGCCCACUCAAUCGCUCACGUGCUUCGUUGUUUGAAGAGGGCCAGCGGUCUGCAAAGCGAUAAUGUGCGGAGCACUGUGUUAGUUCGAAGCACCGAGCAGGCCGUCACAGGCGGCGAUGAAUGCGGCAUCCAUGGAUAACGACUCGCACGAAUCGUCGAUCGAGGAGCAAACUUCGGCCGGCAGUACCGAUGGAUUCGACGAGAAGCUGAGCCGCUACCUGGAACGCUACAGCGUCGGCUCGUCGAUUAACGUGAGUGGAAGGCGCGACAGCGUAGUGCGUCACGUCGAUCCCUCGGAAACUUGUGCGCCCGAUGAUGUUUACCAUGAUGUUCACGAAGAAUUGGUGCGCCAGCCACAUGCGAUGGAGCGUUACAUGCGGCUCAAACUGCGACGAUUCUUCAUGAACCCUCUGGAGAAGUGGCGCCACAGUGGUCGCUUCCCUUGGAAACUUGCGCUGCAGAUAUUCAAGCUGGUAGUGGUUACCGUGCAGGUGAUCUCGUUUGGCAUGGAGAGCGCCACCUUUCAGCGCCAGCAUCGGAACACCUACAUGGCCCUGGAGCACAUUUUGCUCAAGGGAUGGGACACGUCGCGUGAUGUACUGAUCUAUCCGCCUCCUGCGGGACCGUACGUGGUCGAAACGAAAGACAAGUUCUACGAUCACGUCCGAAACGUCGUGCUCCGCUACAGCACCAUAACUACCGAUCCGGUGGGAACUUUCGAGUACGCCUCGCCCGACGGCUCUUUCCAACCGGCCGUAUUCUGCGAAACGACGUACAAGGAUGGCCGCGUAUGGCCGUUUAACUCGACGCUCAGCUUUGACAGCGAAACCGUUACCAACUGCACAAACAUCACCGGCCCUUGGCUCACGUCUGACGACCGCGACUGGCAGGACUUCCACUUGGUGAAGUUACUGGGCCGUCAAGUCUCCUUCGACGAACUCAUCAAGGCCAGAAUUUCGUUCUCUCUCAAGGCGUUGUAUUUGACGAGAACAGACGAGACGAUGUUCUCAGAGUGCUACAAAUAUCAUUUGUCCGUUGUUUACGAUAACUCGAAGCACGACGGCGUCAUUGCCAUCGGGAUGCACCUGAACCCCAGCUGCGCGCACUGCCGCAGAAGUGUCGCCAACGUGGUACCACCUGCGGCUUACACUUUGCGCCAGUGUCUAAACGUGCUUAUCAUACUGACGUGCGCCUUCUCAACGCUCUUGUGCGUGCGAUCGCUCUACAGAGCCCGCAAACUCAUGCGAAAGACGUCAACGUAUUUCGCUGAGUACUUGCAGCGAGAACUGUCGUGGAGGGACAAGGUAGACUUCGUCGACUUCUGGUUCAUCGUCAUCAUUGUGGACGACGUACUGCUGGUAGCUGGAUCAGCCGUUAAGAUCCGAAUAGAAGAGAGGCUAGUCCCGAGCCUGAUGUACACUGCGUGCUCCUUGCUGCUCGGCUGCGGGUGCCUUUUGUGCUGGUGCGGAUUACUCCGCUACGUGGGUUACUUCAAGGUCUACAACAUCCUUAUCCUUACGCUGGCGAAGUCAAUCCCCAACGUCAUCCGCUUCCUGCUAUGCACCAUGCUUCUGUUCUGCGGCUACGUUGUAUGUGGAUGGGUUGUGAUUGGCCCGCACCACAUCAAAUUUCGGACAGUGUCCACAGCUGCCGAAUGCCUCUUUGCGAUCAUAAACGGUGAUGACAUUUUUGCUACGUUCGCCAUGCUGUUUGAUGGAAACGACCUGGUCAUAUGGUACUUUGCACAGGUCUACAUGUACAGCUUCGUGAUAUUGUUCAUCUACGUUGUGGUCAGCUUGUUCGUGGCAAUUUUUGUUGACGCUUACGAAACCAUACGCGAUGCGCAGACUGGAGACGAUGAACCGAGUACCAUGUGGGUAUUUAUUGCAGAGUCCAGCGAUGAGCCAACUAGCAGUGCGUACCGCUCGGAUGACGAGCUUGAAAAACUGCGCCCUUUGUCCCGGGAGCUAUCUUGACAGAAAAGCAUUGUGU